AUGUCUUUCCUCUCAACCUCAUUGGCCUCCGCAACGCCUUCAACAAUUGCGACAGCAACUAUAGCGGCUAUCGUGAUCGUAGUGUCUCUGUUCCCUCAAAUGUUCUGGUCACGAAAACCAAAAUGGCAGCCUGCCGGCAAGCAAUGUGUCGUGACGGGUGGUAGUUCAGGGCUCGGCCUAGCACUCGCUACGCUCCUCGUCAAGAGAGGAGCACAUGUAGCGGUCAUAGCUCGCGACCAAAAGAAGCUCGAUGACGCGUUGAAGAUUCUGGAGGCAGCACGCGUCAACCCAGAUCAGAUCCUCUCUGCCCAUUCGCAUUCACUCGCCACCUUAUCAGAGUCAAAGCUCGCUCUCGAAAAUGCCGCCAAGUCACAUGGUGGACGUGCUCCUGAUGCUAUAUUCACUUGUGCGGGCAUUUCCACUCCCAACUAUUUUUUGACCUCCGAGGAAGAAGACCUGACGAGUGGAAUGACGAAUGCAUAUUGGAUUCAGGCAUUCCCCGCUCUG